CACCCCUCUUCGCACGUCCGCCCAGGACCUCUUUUGACCUCGCGAUCAUGGCCGGCGACCGCUCCGUACGUCAGGAUACGUCCCACAUGAGCUCAGGAACCCCGUCGAGCACGAAAAAGUCUCACAAGAGGAAGAGAGACCUCGAUGGCUCCACCGUCGCUACCUCGACACCCACGCCGACCAAGAAAUCCAAGAAAGAUCCGGGUGCUGCGGCCGACUCCACCCCGUCCUCCGACGUCCGCAAGAAGAGAAAGCGAUCCACGGGGGCGGCCGACGGUGCUGUUCCGGAAGUAUCGACCCCGAAGGAGAGUGCUGUCUCGUCGAUCCGCAGCGAAGCGCCUACUCCAAGCAAGGACGCUAAAGACAAGAAGAAAUCGAAGCACUCGAAGCGACGGACAUCAGGAACUGCUAUCGAAUCGGCUGAGGAACCUGCGAAUCUAGACGAUGUUGAAGAGAAGAGCGCCAAGGACUCAAAGAAGUCUGCCCGAGAUUCAGAAUCUACUCAGGCCGAUGACGGCGAUGCGAAACAGAAGGACAAGUUUGCGGGCAUCAGGUCGAAGUUUGAAAAGUCUAUGAAGGCGAGAGAGCUGGAAAAAGCACGCAAGAAGGAUACGGUUGAAGACGACUCUUCAGGACUGUUGACGGCUGAACCGGUUGUAGCACAAGGCUUGGAACCUCUACCACAGCCUGAGCAAGUCCCUGAGGUGUUUGAGAAGCCUACAUACUCGUCGCUUCCGGCCUGGUUGGCCAAUCCCUUGCGGACCUCGGCGACCGAGAAGACGAAGUUCUCUGAAUUGGGGAUUAAUGCGAACCUGCUGCGGGUAUUGGAGGAUAACGGCUACAAGGAAGCGUUUGCUGUGCAGUCGGCAGUCAUUCCUCUGCUACUCCAGGGUCCCAAGAACCACGCCGGCGAUGUCUGUGUCUCUGCAGCCACGGGCUCCGGAAAGACCCUAUCUUACGUUCUACCGCUCGUGACCGCGCUUGAGCAGAUCCCUGCCCCUCGGCUGCGGGGUCUCAUUGUCGUGCCAACCCGAGAACUGGUGAAGCAGGCCCGCGAGGCGUGUGAGCUGUGUGCUGCUGGCUCCGGCCUGCGCGUGGGAUCGGCUGUGGGUAACGUAGCCAUCAAGGACGAGCAGCGCUCGUUGAUGCGCAUCGACCAGGUGUACGGGCCCGCGACGUUCCAGCGCCGCCAGAACGUGAAAAUGACCGGGGACGACUGGACCAACUUCAACUUGCAGGACUAUAUCUCCGAUGCGGUGGAUUCGAGCGAGGCUCUGCCGGGGUACGUGCACCGUUCGGAACCGAACGUUGACAUCCUCAUCUGUACCCCGGGUCGACUUGUCGACCACAUCCGCUACACCAAAGGCUUUACGCUGAAACACUUGGAGUGGCUCGUGAUCGACGAGGCUGAUCGGUUGCUCAACGAGAGCUUCCAAGAAUGGGUUGACGUGGUCAUGAAUUCGCUGGAUGUGCGCCGAUCCCCCGAGGCGUUUGGCUUCAGCGGGACUUUCCUGUCGGAGCUGGGCCUCCCGAUCCACAGCAGAGAGCCAAGGAAGGUGGUUCUGAGUGCGACCAUGACCCGGGACGUGACCAAGUUGAAUUCUCUCCGACUCGCCAACCCCAAGCUCGUCAUUGUGGGUUCCACCGAAACCGCCGCCGUCGGCGACGACGAGAGUGGCGUGAUCGCCGGCGCCGACGAGCAGUUCACCCUGCCGCCGACCUUGAAGGAGCACUCGAUCUCGGUGGGCGAUGGGUCGCUGAAGCCACUCUACCUGCUGCGCCUCCUCCUCUCCCACAUCCGAAUCAACGGCACCAAACAACCGGCCAAGGCCUCCGAUUCGGACACUUCGGACGAUACCGCCGACGAAACAUCCUCCGACGAAGAAACCUCCUCGGACGAGUCCAGCUCGGACGAUUCAGACUCAGAUUCGGACUCAGACUCCGACUCGGACACAUCCAGUUCAGGCUCGGACUCUGAUUCAGACGACACCUCCGACAGCGAGUCUGAUUCUUCGAGUUCUUCGGACAGCGACAGCGAUAGCGACAGCUCCACCUCUACCUCCACCUCCCCAACCAAAGCCACCCGCCUCCGCCCCUCCAACACACAAACAAACACGCCGACCGUCCUCAUCUUCACCAAAUCCUCCGAAUCCGCCUCGCGUCUCGCGCGCCUGCUCGCGCUGCUAGACCCGACCCUCGCCUCCCGCACAGGCACGAUCAUCAAGUCCAACAAAUCCUCGGCCUCGCGCAAGACGCUGACCGCCUACCGCCGCGGCAAGCUCUCGAUCAUCAUCGCGACGGACCGCGCCUCGCGCGGCCUGGACCUGCCCCGCCUGACGCACGUGGUCAACUACGACGUGCCGACCAGCGUGACGACCUACGUGCACCGCGUGGGCCGCACGGCGCGCGCCGGCCUGCUGGGGCAGGCCUACACGCUCGUCGCCCACCGCGAGGGCAAGUGGUUCGCGCAGCAGAUCGGCGGCGCGGCGGACGGGAAGAUCGUGCGUGGUAUUGCUGGUGGUGCCGACCCGCAGAAAAUGCACCGGGUGACCGUCAGCCUGGAGGGGAUGAAGGAGGCGCGCAAGCGGUAUGCGGAGGCGUUGGACGUGUUGGAGCGGGAGGUGCGGAGCGGGGGGAAGGAGACGCGGUAGGUCUGUUUGCGGUGUUGUCGGUCUAAGGACAGGACAGGACAGUGAGGCAGAUCAGCCGUGGAGGGGGGAGGGGAGGUUACGGGCUUGUUAUUCCCGGAGUAUGUUAUCGAAUAUAGACUAAAAUUCUGCACGGAGGGCGUUGGCUUUGCUGUUGUUAUCAUUCUUAUGGACCUUACUAGUGGUUAGGGGGGAGGAGUGUGUACUGUAUAUAGCGUGUUAUUCUUGCUUGCUUGCUUGCUUGCUUGCUCUCUCGCAAAGAAAGGGAAUAA